UGUAAACCCCAGCAGCCUGUAGCAUUCUGCCAGGGCAGCUCAAGUGGUGUCCAAGUGCAUUCAUUCUACAGUGUAGACAGACGCCCCCUGGGAAAAGCAGGAAAUCACACUUCUCAAAAAAAACAAGCAAAGCAGUUGUGAAAGAGAAAGUAAACCACUGGAAGGGAAGCUGCUGGAGGGCUGUUGGAGCAGGAAGAGAAGCGGAAAUGAAGAUAAAGCCAGCCAUGUCUGGCAAAGGCUGAGGCCAAGAUCUGUUGCUCUGGAGGAGAGACUUGGAGGAGAAAGACACAGAGAGAGAAAAAGACAGGAUUGAGCAUGAACCAAAACUGAGACACCCCUCACUGCUGGCAGAGGAGCGUUCGCCAAAAUGGCUGAUCACAAUGAAUUCUACGAAGAGAUCAGCCGCGACAGCAUCAAAGACUUUCAGUUCAUCAGUCAAGGGUCCUUUGGUACCAUCUACCGGGCUCGGCAUCAAGACUGGGGAAUUGAUGUGGCACUGAAGAUCUUUAGACGCUCCACUUCCUUCACCCAAAAGGAACUCCUGAAUGAAGCCCGGGCCAUGGUCAAGGCACGUUUUCUCUAUGUCGUGCGUUUCUAUGGCAUCUUUGUAGACAAACUGCAGCUGGACAGUCCCAGUGUGGGCCUUGUGAUGGAGUACAUGGAAAACGGCAGCCUAUCUGACCUGAUGAGCCAGGUCAACUUUAUUCCUUGGGCCCUUCGGUUUCGCAUCCUCUUUCAUGUGGCUCUGGGGAUGAAUUACCUACACAACCUCAGCCCUCCGUUGUUACAUCUCGACCUCAAAUUGGGCAACAUCUUGCUCGAUGCAGUUUUGGAUGCCAAGGUGGCUGAUUUUGGACUCUCUAAGUUCAAACGUGGGACAAUUCGGAGUGGCAGUCAAGCCUCCGUGGAAGAAGAAGAGUAUGGUGGGACACUGGAGUACUUGCCACCCGAGGCCUUUGCUGACCCCUACAAGCCGACCCCUGGCACAGAUGUCUACAGCUAUGGGAUCGUCACAUGGUCCUUGUUAUCAGGCGAGGAGCCUUAUUCAAAUCUCCCUGAUGCCUUGCGUUCUCUUAUCAAAUUACACAUUCCCCGGAGCGAGAGGCCAAGUACAGAGAAGCUGGAGAAGAUCGUUGAUGUGCUGAAAGUACAAGAUGUGGUCAAACUUAUGAAACGGUGCUGGCACAAUGACAAAGUCCAAAGGCCAUCCUUCAGAGAUUGCAGGGAAGAGAUGGAGGCUGUAUCUUCCUGCUAUCAAGGGCACAUCAUGGCUGCUGUCCACGAAGUUCAGAAUAUUUUGGUGCAGAAAAAAAGUUCCUUAAGUUCAACAUCAAAGAGAGACAUUGGAAUAGAGGAUCAUUUCAAAACAUUGCGAGUUGAAGAAUCUUCAUAUAGGCCAAAUGAAGCUACACCUCCAGCGACUGUUUCCAAAACAAGACAAGAAGGGAAACCUCCAGCACCGACGCCUCUUCAACGUAGCCAGAGUGAAUACAUUGAGAAAGAAAACGAGGAGGCAAGCUAUGAAGAGUCCCAUCAGCCAGAAGUGAAAUUUCGGGAUCGGCUUAAGCCCGCAGAUGGCAGACCUCCUCGGCCCCAUUCGUACACUUAUCUCUACCCACGUUAUUCAUCUGGAUAUCAACACUAUCCACAGUAUAUGUGUUUACCAUCCCACCAAGUGGAUUUUGGAUCAGCAUUUCAAGAUCAUUCCCUUCUGCCACAUUUUGGCCGCAGAGUGCCAUAUGCAGAUGGCGACAUCCACAUCUCCGGACACGGCAUCUCGGGAGUCCAGAUUGGACACCAUAACUCUAUGCACAUCGGACGGACUCAGACACCUAGAGAAAAGCAAUAGCUAGCAAUGCAGAGUGUGGAUGGUUUCCGAUAGACAAUUCCCUUUUCUUGGCUUGGAAGGUCAUUUGGUCCAAAUCCAAAUACCAUCAUUCUUGCCUCCACUGGUUUGCCAUCCAACUACUUUGCAUAAUUGUGUAAAAAUGAUAGUUUAGGCCAAAGAACUUUGUGAUGUAUUGAUUGGAAAUCCGUUGCUCACCUACCUUGAUAUAUACAUUUGUGGGACCAUUCUAAAAAAAAAAAGUUUGGAACCUCUCUGGACAAUGUCAUAUGAAUAGUUUUUGAGAUUUACGCUCCGCCAGCAAAUGUCCUGAAACUUGGUCAAUCUUCGCUUCAUAGAAUCAUAGAGUUGGAAGAGACCUCAUGGGCCAUCCAGUCCAACCCCCCCUCCCGCCAAGAAGCAAGAAUAUUGCAUUCAGAGCACCCCUGACAGAUGGCCAUCCAGCCAUCUGGAUUUAAAAACUUCCAAAGAAGGAGCCUUCACCACAUUCCACUGCUGAACGGCUCUCACAGUCAGGAAGUUCUUCCUAAUGUUGAGAUGGAAUCUCCUUUCUUGUAUUUGAAGCCAUUGCUUCGUGUCCUAGUCUCCAGGGAAGCAGAAAACAAGCUUGCUCCCUCCUCCCUGUGACUUCCUCUCACAUAUUUAUACAUGGCUAUCGUAUCUCCUCUCAGCCUUCUCUUCUUCAGGCUAAACAUGCCCAACUCUUUCAGCCACUCUUCAUAGGGCUUGUUCUCCAGACCCUUGAUCAUUUUAGUCGCCCUUCUCUGGACACAUUCCAGCUUGUCGAUAUCUCUCUUGAAUUGUGGUGCCCAGAAUGGGACACAAUAUUCCAGAUGUGGUCUAACCAAAGCGGAAUAGAGGGGUAGCAUGACUUCCCUAGAUCUAGACACUAUGCUCCUAUUGAUGCAGGCCAAAAUCCCAUUGGCUUACCUCAUUUGGAAGUGUGUUCCAUAGGCGUGAGGCCACAGCAGAGAAGGCCCUGUCUCUCGUCCCCACCAGACGCAUCUGUGCUGUUGACGGGAGCGAGAGCAGGGCCUCUCCAGAUGAUCUUAGAUUACGAGGUGGGAUGUAGGGGUGGAUGUGUUCGGACAAGUAAGCUGGGCCAGAUCCACCUCAGACAUUACGACAGACAUUAUCAUGUGCAUCAGCUCAAUGGCUCUGACCACUCUAAAAGUACAGUGCAUUCCCCUUUUUCAUGGACUCACUAUCCAUGGAUUCACUUACCCAGAGUCAAAAAGAAAUAUAACCCCUGGAAUUCUUUGUGGGUGUCUCUAGAAAUUAUGUUUUCAUUUCUUCAUGUAUGUACAACAUUGAAUUUUGCUAUUAUUAUGUUGGAAACUGCUUUGAGUCCCUUCAGAGGUGAGAAAAGUGGUAUAUAAAUACAGUAAAUAAUUAAAUAAUUAAGUAAUUAAAUAAAUGUCCUCCAGUGUGAUUCUAUGGUAUGCUUCCAGUUCAAGUGUAUUCCUAAUAGAGAGUUUUCUGUUAUCUGUGAUUUCUAGGAUCCAUGUUGCAUGUGUGUGACAGGAAACAUAUUCUCCACAAAUAUGGAGUUUGUACUCUAGAUGGUCGAGAAUAAAAUAUACAGUUGGCUCUCCAUAUAUCUGUUGUACUCCAGGCCUAGAAACACCUAUGACCACUGCACCACACAAGAAUCCAAGAAUAUAAGUAAACAGUUUAUUGCAUAAACACAUAAAAUGCAUAUAAAAAUUAGGAAUAAGAAAAGUAGAUAUAUAAUCCAAAAAGGUUUAGCAACAAGUGAUAAUCAAACAGUAAUCCAAAUGUCUCAUAAAGAUCCAGAGGUGACACAGUCCAGGAACAGCCAGAAAUCACAGGUACAGCAUAAGUCCACAAGCAAGAAGGUAUGACUAGUAAAAAUUUGAACAGGAAUGCAAGAACAAGAACAUAGAAAACUUCCAGGAUAUUUAAAUCCAAAACCAAGGCUUGACYUGAACCAAGAACUAGAGAACUCAGACUUAGCUUCUCCCUAUAACACUACAUUGCCUGAACUGACCUUAAGGUAAACAACUUGCUGUUUAAUAGACACCCAUGAAAUCAUUCCAUUUCCCAUGAAUUUUUUCCACAACUUUCCCACGUAAUCUCUGAAUGACACAAUCUACAUUCUGCUUUGAUCWGAAAUGAAGACUUUUGUUGAUCUCCAUAAAUAUUUUUGUUAGAUUAUGGCGUUUMUUUGUUAAUUGUUUAAUGUUGUUGAGUCUGACGUUUGU